CAGCAUUCACGAAUCUUUUCCUAAUAAUAAAUUAAUAAUCCCAUAAUAAUAUUAAUAAUCCUAACCUAAUCCCAUUACCAAAAUUGUUAAAAAAAGAAAAUCCAAUUACGAAACACUUGGCCGGUACAGAUUAGAUGCUGCAGUCGCCGGCGAUGAAAUCUGUGAGUUCCACGUCAGCAGCUGUACCUCUCUCUACUUGUCUCUUACCAACAACUCUGCGACCUCUAUAUCGAGCUCGCCUUCACAACAACCUUAAUCGGAGAAGAUUGAGAAAUGGAACUUGCAGGGCAGAGUUUGCAAACGAUGCGCCUUAUGCGGUCGCUAUCGGUGCUUGCAUUUUAAGCUCGUGGGUUUUCCCAACUAAGUACUCGGAGGAUGACGAUGGUGAAUCUACGAUUGAUUCUGCUGAUGCAAGGUUUGCUGUCAUGGGAAUUAUCAGCAUCAUUCCAUAUUUUAAUUGGAUGAGUUGGGUCUUCGCGUGGUUGGAUACUGGGAAACCACGUUAUGCUAUUUAUGCUCUUGUGUAUUUGGCUCCAUAUUUAAGCACCAAUCUGUCUCUAUCUCCUGAAGAUAGCUUGGUACCCAUUGCUAGCAUCCUCUUGUGCAUCUUCCACAUUCAGAAAAUUUCAUCUGGUUCCAGCUGGAAGCAUUCAAAAAAGAUGACUUCCAGGUAUUGGAUAAAUUUACAGAGACUGGAAAGCAUAUGUCAGAAAAGGAGGAAACAUACGAUCUUAAGAAGUUGCCUUCAGCAGAUGAGAUAAAGAGGUGGGAAAUUUCUAGAAGACGUGAAAAUCCUGAGCACUUGAAUGAAGAUGGAGAAGAUAUUAGUGAAAAGAAGUAGGGGUGGGCGUUCGGUUUUUCGGUUCGGUUUUAUCAAACUUCGGUUUGGCUAUUUCGGGUUCGGUUUUUUGAAGGUGGACACCGAAUACUGAACCAAACUAGUUCGGUUCGGUUUCGGUUUUUUCAAUUCGGUUUUUUAUAUAAUAUUAGAAGCGAUUCCAUCGACAGUAA